AUGGAAAGUGGAAUUACGAAAGAAUUUACGCCGGCCGUUGCAGAAAAGCAAAAUGUGGUUAACGUUGAUUCUGCCGACUCCUUUCAGUCUUUCAUUUACGAAUUGUUUGAAAAGAAUGGUAUACUCAACGACUUAAGGGCGUACUUACGUGGCCACAUAGUAAAUGUUCUGAAAAGUGCACAAACUGGAGACCCACACCCAUGUCAGAAACACUUCACGCAACGUUUGGAGCUAAAAUACCAAGCUGUGAACAUCUUAAUAGCUGAAUAUCUUAUGCGUUUAGAAUUUAGCUACAGUUUUUCUGUAUUUAUAUCAGAAAUACCGUUAGCUAAUAUGGUGUUUGGUUUCGCCAAGUCCAUGAUGGAGCAGAGUCCUGAGAAUAAGAUGGGUAUGAGGUUCAAGGAGUCAGAUAUCUGGACCAUACUGAAUUACUUAGGAGUACAAUGUGACUCUGAGCACGCAGCCAAUGUGGUGGAGAUGUACAAGAAUGAUAAACACAAUCCCUUACUGCUCUGCAUACUCAAGUGUAUGCCCCUGUACAAGGAGAGUGGAGGACUGCCACAGGUUUCAUCAGGAGAAUCCCUUUCAAGCGCAAGGUCGGUGGAAAGCAAUGAGACAAUAAAAAGACCUCACAAUAAGACAACAGGCCUCCCUGACAAAUGUCGCCAUUACCUCUUCUGCAAGACCUGUCAGAACAAGAUGUACCGGCUUAAAGAAAUGUAUAAGAGGAAGAAGAAGUAUUUGGCUAAGAUGUUCCAACAACUGAAGUGUGUGUAUGAGACGGAGAUGGAAAUGGUGAAGAUUGAAGAAGAGAAGAAAGUGAAGCGGUCGAUGGCCUCCCACGCCAUCAAACUGCAGAUGAAACGAAAUGAGAUGGAGGAAAAGUUUAAAGCCCGUGAGGCGGAGUUGGAGCGUCGCGUGACUGCGAAGAAACAGUUUCUGUGGGGACUUGCGCGCGCACUCCGCUCUCAGCACGCCAGCAUGGCGCGCGCUAUGAGGGACGUCAAGACUGAGACACAUAGAUUGGAACUUAAGGAGGACAGUCUAAAAACUCAACUAGCGGAAGCAGAACAGAUUUUAAAGAAACGCGGCGAAGAGAUGCGACUACAGAUAUCAAACGAACUUACAAUCUUAGAGGGACACCUAGAAUCCAUGAAGAAAGAGAGAGAAGGCAUCACGAAAGAGAGAUCCGAACUUGAAAAUAUGAAAACAGCACAAAAUUCUACAAGUAAAGUCUUAAAAGUGCAUGAUAUGGACACUGAAGAUGUGCAUUCUCACUAUAAUCUUCUCAAAAAUGAGUUAGCUAUACUCAAAAAGUAUCUAGAAUCUUCGAAACUGUCUGCUAAGUGCGUUAUAGAAAGGGGAAUAAGUACUGACCCUGAACAGACUGACUCCAAAGUAACCAUCACACUAAACAAUAGCCAGGGCAAUGAGAAAUGUUCCAAAAGCGACGACGUCGAUGAUAAAGUGAAAACCAAUCAGUUAGUUAAUGAUUUCAGAAAGAAAAAUGUUAAUUUUAGUCAGUCGAAUUUGGACGAACUCUACCGCGAGAGGAGUUGUGACCGCAGUCGGUCGUCCAUAUCGAGCGAGGCGGGAGACAAUGCCAUGCCUGACUUGGACCUCGAACGAGGGAGGGAUAGAGACCUCAUUCAACGACUGAGGGAGGAGAAUGAUAGACUCAAGGCGUAUGCUUCACAGCAACGCAGUCACAUAGAGCAGCUGUCAGUCCCGGUGCAGCGCGCGCGGCCGCGCACCGCGCCGCCCGCCGCCCUCCCGCAUAUAUACAAUAGUGCAAGUGUGAAUACUUUGAACGUUGGUUGGCGGAAGGGCGCCGGUGAAGAGCUCAGCGUCUUCAGCAACGCACAGCCUCGCAUACUGGUGCCCGGGGAUACUUUGCCGUUCAUUGGAGUGCUCAGGGAUAGACAUGGGAAUGCUCGGAGGUCCCCGAUAGGGUCGCGGUCGGCUCGUUUCCGCGCCUGGCCUCUGGCCGGAGUGACCAAGCGGCCCAGCUCACCGCUACGGGACAAAUUGAUCGUAGGUUCCCCCGGCGCGGGCAAUAGUGGGCUGGGGCUAAACAUGAGUGGCGCGUCCGGGUCCAUACAACAAGAUGACGAGCAAUAUAACACGCCGCCGCGUGAACGGCAGCCGCGUACAGCAAUGAGCUUAGAAAUGAACAGAGACAGGGACAAAACUCCCAAGUCUGCACUCCGUGACGCCAAGGAGAAACAACGGAGCAAAGACAGCAUAAUAAGCAGUCCUCCUGUAUUGCCUCGUGACAAGAGUCCCAAUGCAGUGCUACGUGAGGCCAAGCUGCGCCUGCGCAAGUUGGAGAUAGAAGCCGAAGCAGUCGAGAAGUCAUACCUCGACUUCCGGCGGAGGCAGUCUGAACUACGUCUCGAGAGGAAUGCACGCAGGCAACAAGAUGCAAGGGACGAAGUGCCUCAUACACACCUUGUCGUUCCAGACGUAAUAUCGAAGCGAAGCCAAUCACUUGAAAAAGUGGACGAGCCCUGCAGAGAUAACAGGGAGCAACCAUUCACAGACGUACACAAGUCUGUCCGUAACGACUUCGAGAACUAUAUCCGCGAGUACAAGAACAAACUCAACAUCGGCGAGACACACUUCCGUAGCAAACCUACUCUCGAUGAGAAAGUAAAACCCAUCCCCGAAGCAUAUUCUAACGCCAAACAUAGCGACUGCAAUGAAAAUAGUGACCAACAAGGGAACUACCUAGAACAACCGCUCACAGAGUUCAGGAAACUGUACACGUCUGCCAGACGUAUACGACGAGACGACGUCGACACCAAGUCCAACACCAGGAGCAUUCACUCAGGGAACACCAGCAGCGCCGAGGACUCAGCUCGACAGGACGCCAUCAUUAAAGUCAAAAACAAAAACAAAAAGAAAGCCGAAUUAGAAAUACUAAAACAGAACCUUAGCAAAAUGUACAACUUGGACAAUGACAGCCUCGACUUCAACAUUCUAGCAGACGCGCCGAAACACGAGAACUGUGAAGAAGUCGCGCAGGUCGUAGACGAGAACGUGCUGCGAGUGGAAGUGGAGAGCUCUACUGAACGGAACAACCUCAAGUCUAAGACGCAGGAGUUGUUUCUGGUCGUGCAGAGCUCAGUGACGGCGCAGGAGAUGACGCUGUCGUGUAGCGAGGCGCCGGCCGACGACGUGUCGGCGCAGAUGACCAUCAUAGUGAGUCCGGCCACCAGCCUGCCGCGGCUCAGUACCGCGGCGGAGGCCGGGCUGGGCGCGCGCUCGCCGUCCCCCGGGCUGGGCUCCCCCUCCCCGCCCCCUUCGCGCCGCCGACGCAGUAUAUCACCCGAGCAGGCCGCGCACCUUACCCGGAACGAUGUCCUCGACGCCAUCUUCCAUGCAGAUCCCAACCAGCAGAUCUCCAGCGUGCAAAUGCAACUAGAACUUUCCAAAGAAAUUCUCGAUGACUCCAUCAGCGAUUACGGGAAAGGCGAGUAUGCGGACGACUUCUCAGCCGACGUAGACAACUACAAUAGCCGGUCCGACUACGACAACCACUCGCCCAUAUCUUUGCACAAGACGUCCGAGGACGAGAACUUCUGGGACUCGUAG